CCAAGUACAAAUGGUUCAAUUUCUUCAAGUCUAGGAAGUGAAGGAGGUUUGAAAGGGAAGCCUGAAGGAAAAGCUCUAAACCUUUAGCUCUCAUCCUAUUAUCUUUUUCAGAUUAGCAUGGAUGCAAAUCAGACUGAAACUCAUCGGAUCAAUGAAGCAAACUGUCCUCUUGUCACAAGCACUGAGGAAAGUCUCUCCAACACUUUGGAAAAAGGUCCUCAAGGAAUCAGGCACUGCAGAAAUUAUUAUUCUGGAUCUGCAUGUGGGAGCAGCAGAGAGGAAGGAAAGAGCGGGUCAGAGGAAUGUACAGAGGAGGACAAACAGAGAAAAAUAUGUGCCUUUAAAGAGCAAAAGGAGAAUGUUGUUAUAGUACUUCAAGAGCUGAAUGAGUUUCAUUCAGAGAUACUGAUGGACUGGAGAAAAGUUAUCAGAGAAUUUGCCUGUAUGCUUGAAAAAUUUCCACAAGGAGGCGACGAAGAUCAGACUGACCCUAGAAAAGAAAAUAAAACUAAAACCUGUUUAGAGUCUACUUUUGACAUUUUGUUAUGUGUUGGAGAAGACAUAGACAACAUCAUGGACAAAGUUACCAAAACCAUUUCCAAGCUGCAUGCAGCAAUGCUCCAGCUAUCGCAGCUAGAGGACUUUCAGGAAUCCAGACACAAGGAGGAUUCAGAUCAACCUGAAGACUUCAGGGAACCUCAACCUGCAACUAAUUUGGAAAAUAAAGAUGAUAUUCAGAAUAGUUUUGAUGAGAAACACAUGUUGGACUCUGAAUUUGACAGUUUAAACUGCAACAUGGAUAACAAGACUAAAGGAGAAGCCCACAUUGGAAUCCCAGAAGAGAGGGAUUUCCAUUCUCAUGGUUCUUUACUGGAAGAGGAAGACAAAUUCAGAGAGAACAAAACUGAAAGAAAGACAGAAGAGAACUGGAACGCAGUAAGUCUCACAGAUCAGAUGGAUGACUCCGAUAAACCAACAGAGGUCUGUUUUACCAGAGCACCUGCUGGCACCCUGAGGUGUGAGAUGGCCGACGCCCUAAGCUGCUUCAUGGUGAAUGGCUUGGAGGAGCUCAUCAGCAGAGUGAUUUGGAUAAAUACUAAAGACACACACAGCUUUCACUUCCCCAUAACCCUGGCUGUGCCUUUUUAUGUGCACCAUCGCAGCAACCACAGAGAGGUUGCUGUAAAGAUGGUGGAUAAGGAGAAGAGAGUGAGCUACAUAUCCCCUGUGACAACAGAUGCAGCACAUGGAGGCCAAAAGGGUUGUUUUGCAGAGGUGAAGGUGUACUCCUUGGGUAUAUUUGCUGUUGUUUCACGUCUUAAAAGUGAAAUGUACAUUGUUCCCAAGAAGGGAUUGUCAUUAAAACUUCCCAUGGACCCUCGGAUCUCUCUGAACUACCAUCCAGGAUCAUUCACUGCUCCAAUAAUGGCCCAAACUAUGGUCCAGCCGGUGGACGCCAUCCUCCUGGCUGCCAUUAAGUCCAGGAAUGAUGCAUAUGAGUUGGUGGUCUCUGUCAGCCCUCUGCUCCACCUCACCCACCCUAAAACGCAGCCACUUAGGAGACCCCUCACAAUCAUCCUUCCAUGUCCACCAAAUCCUGAGAAAAAAGAGGAAACAAGAAGAAAAGAAAACCAGGAACCACAGGGCUGGGUUCCUAGUCAUUUUCUGUCUCCCUUAGACAAAGUAAGAAUCUUAAGAGCCUAUGUCAAAACUAGUGAGAGGACCAGGGAGUUUUUGACUGUUCUUGGCUCAAGAGACAAAGAGUGGAGUGUAUUAGAUAAGACUGUUGUCAGAAACCAGCAGGAUGGACUGGUGUCCUUUAUUCUAUAUGAAAACUUUGACAGACUGCUAGUAUUUCGUCUCCUCUCACCGCUGCAGCCUUGUCACCUGACUGCACUGGCCGAGGAGCUGGAGUCUGCAGCCCGCCUCCAUUCUGUGACCAUUGUCCUCCGGUGUGGACGGGAUGACCCUCACAGUGUCCUCCUGGCUGCGCUGCCCAGCAGAGACCUGAGCUGGGAGCUGAGCAGACUGCGAGCUCAGGGCUGGGAUGGCCUCAUUGAAACUUCCUCAGAAGUACUCCUGUGUGAAGGAGAUCAGCUUCUCCUGCAUUUUAGUGGCAACAUCACAUCUGCAGCUUCCACACAGACUAACCCAAGUGAGGACCCACAUGAGCGGCUGACCUUUCACUAUCAACGAAGGAAUGAGCUAUUUGUGCGUCUAAGGGAAGUUGACCCAUUUGGAAACUACAGCUCGCCUUGCUAUAAGGGUACAGCCCUGCUCUAUAGAGUCAGCAGAGCUGAGCUGGAGUGGAGAGGAGACAAAGCUGUUCUGAAGGACGCAGAGCUUCUGAGAAACCCAGUUUGUAAACUGCCUCUGAGUUUACCAAAGAAAGUGAGGCUCAUUCAUCGGCCGAUUUCCACCAGAGUGAAGACAUGUGAGGAGGCAGAGCCUCUUUCUGACUCCCUUCUCCUCUGGCUAUCUGGGGAGCUGACUCAAGAGGAAACUGCACGGCUGGUAUCCUCCCUGCAUCUCAGUCGUAGUUCAGCCCAGCUGGCAAAGCUCCGCUUCAGGGACAGCCCAUCAGAUCAGGCCUUCCACAUUUUGGUCAUGUGGAGACGAGCUCUGCCUGCUGCCAAAUGCCACCCCAAGACCUCCCAGCUCGCCCAGAGCCUAACCAAAAUAGGCAGACCUGAUCUGGCCCGAGAGGUGAUGCUGAGUGAUGCAGAACUCUCUGACAUCAAGAGAAAGCAAAAUGAAUUAGCUUAAUGUAGUAAUGUGUUUUUUCCACAAGAGGGAAGCAUUACACAAUCAGAGAAUAUUGUCUUCUGGAAAAAAGGGCUUUUUUUUAUUUGGGCAGAAGGAUUUACAGUAAAUGCAAUCUGGAGAAGAGUAUUUUAAUCAAGAAGUUGUUACAUUGUAACUCACUGCAACUAACCAGGAUUGCCAGUUCCAUAAAAUAUAAAUAAGGAGCAUGUAUUGGCCAGGUGUUGUCUUCCAUUCCUGUGACAUCCGGUUUUUCUUUCAUAUCUUUUUUUGGUUGGAAAAUGACUGUCCAAACAUUUGAUAUGAAUCUCGAUUUAUUUAGAGGCAUAUUUUUGUAUAUAAAUAAAACUACACAUUUUUUCCCCCGGACAAAUGGUGACCCCAGUCACCACCAUGAUUAGAACAGUAUGUUCUAUGGAAGCAAACUGUUCCAACAGCAAAGUUCCUGAAAUAACUUGUAAACAUAUUUCCUUCAUUGCAGAUUAGUAAAAUAUAUAACAAAAAUGGAGUCUUUAGAAUUUUUUUAUAUAAAUAGUUCAUAGUUAUUUUCCAGAAGUUUGAAAUUUGCGUUGUCUAGCUUGGGAGUAAAACUGAUGUAAUAUUAUUAUGUCAUAAUUUGAACCUGGUUGUAUUUUCUGUUCACCUCUACCAUCUGUUGUGUAGUUCAUCUCAGUUGUAUAUAUGCCAUUAAUUUCUGUUCCCUCAGGUCUGUGUCACAAAAGCAGCAUUUAGAAAUUCAGGGUAGGAGAUAAAGCCAGGCAUUACCUCGCGUGAGAAGUACAUCCUGUUUUUGUCUGUUUAACAAAGACCAAGCCAGGCUAAACAAGUGCAGCUAUAUAAAGCCAUGUGUGUGUCAGUAUCAGCAGCUGACUUCAAGAGACCAUGAGGUUGUUCACAUAUUUAGAAAUGCAGCAAACAAUAGCGACCUAAAACACAUAUUUCCUAACCUAUUAACUGUAACUGAAAAAUGGCAUAAUUUAGGAAGUUACUGGUCAUUUUGUCCAAUGAAUAACUGAGCUAUAGUAAACUAACAGAAUAAGUAAAUAUUGUAAAGAAAUUAAUAUUUACUUUAUGUUGGAGACUUGGGAUGGAAUACUUACACUGUAAAGCACAAUAAUAAAAAAUACUUUAAGUAAAUAGAACUCAAUUUUUAUUAGCUUGAUGAUGAUACUCACCCUAUACAAGUAUUGUGAACUUCUGCAUUAAAAAAAAGUUUGAUAACUCAUAGUAUUUAAGUUGAGCCAUACAUAAAAGUUGAGUGUUUACAUGUGGUGUGGUCUGAUUGGCUAAGUUUUUGGCAAUAAAUGUGGUCAGAAAACAGUAUGAGUGAAGUUGAUGUGACAAUGAAUGAGAUUUAUUCAACAUUCAAUAACUUAUGUGUGAUCUGUUUUUUUAUCCCCUGAU